AUGCGCAUGCCAGUUUUGCUAUUACCUUUUUUGGCAAUUUCAGUUACCGCAGAUCCGUUGAUUUUGCCUCUGAACAAAUUUUCAUCUUUCGGCACUUCCCUUCCAGGCGCGGAUUUGUAUUUGGCAUCGAAGGAUAGUAAUGAGUACCUGAAAAACAUUCAAAUCACUACUGGAGGUAGCAGUAUAACGCUAGACAGUUUGAACGGAUUUAACGCUGACAGCUCCCCAAAACGUUUAAGAAUCAUUGAUACCAUGACAGUGUCUACAACUAACAAUAAUACUAUUUCGAGUUGGCUUGGUGGAAAUUUAUACGUCACUACUAAAGCUCAAGCGGAUGAUCCAAGUUUCUCUGUGUACGUCAUCAAGACCGAACACAACAUUACAAUGAAGUCAGGGAAAACUACAGCAGUGAUUUUAAAUACCAAACUUGAACCCUUUGUGUACAUUGAUCAGCCAUUCAAAACGUCAUACGUCACUGGAAUCCAGCAAUCAAAAGAUGCAGUGGUUAAUUUUAAAUGGGGGAUUCCCGCUUACAAUUGGCAAAGUGUGGAUACCAAUAAUACGUUUUUCAAGAACCCCAUGGAUUUGAAGAAUGAUACUUAUACAGGUCUUAUGUUUUUGAUGUUGAUUAAUAACGAAAAUUUAAGUUUUCAACCAAAACUCAAAUUUUCCAGAUUCUUCGAUCACAUCGAGCCCCUCCAAAUCGGUUUCGAAUACUGGUACAUCAUGGCCAAUGGCUCAAUCACUAUGCAAAUUGAGAAUAAAUUUAUCACCGAUCAAAACUACUCGACCACCGCUGCUACUACAACAGGACUCAUCGUCAAUGAACUCUUGUUCUAUCCACAUAUUGUGACUUUCCAACCAGAUUACACUCGUUCGGGAUUUGCUGGAUUCUUGGUAUCUGCCUUCCCCGAAAAUGAACUCUGGUUCACCAUGAGCUAUGACUCCUCCUACACUACUAUUGACUUUAACGGAACCAGUUCGAUUGAAGACAGAUCCUGGGCUCCUGAACAAGCUAGAAUGCUAACGAUUAACAGUACCAAUCAAGUUGCUGGAGUUUUUUACUGUCAGUAUUUUUCUUAUGCUGGGGAUUUGUUGCCCAUGACUAGUACGAGCUCGCCGACCACCAGUAUGAGGGGUUCAACCGGUAUGACUACAAAUACUACUAUUGUUUCAACCACAACUGUUGGUACUACCACCAGUGGAGCGUGUUUCAUGAGUUUAUGGGUUUUAUUUGUAUCUGUUGUGUAUAUUAUCUUUUGA